CUGAGGUAUAGCAACAAAGGGGUGGUGGCGCAGUUGGCUAGCGCGUAGGUCUCAUAGCUUCUGAGUAAUCCUGAGGUCGAGAGUUCGAGCCUCUCUCACCCCAAUAUCUUUUUUUUUCCCCAUUUUUUGGUGAAAAUUUCAAAUUAUGCGCCAAAUUUGCUGUACAAAUUGGCCCAAAAUCGCAUUUUGAAGAAAAAUUUUGGUGAAGAAGAUGAAGAAGCAACCUGAAAUACUACCAUUGGGACAGCGGUCAAUUGCUUCAACUUUUCUCUUUCGUUCUCCAAAUCAGUCUACUGGUUGUGAGAAGAAAGUGGAAAGCAGAGGUUCCAAUCAAAAGGGUUCAAGCAUAUCUCUAUCUGAUUUCCUCAGCAAAAAAUUGCACAAAAGUCCUGUUUUGCCCGGAGUAGUUCCAGGAAACAAGAAAUUCUCGGUCCCAACUUGUAGUAAAGACACAAGUAAGUGUGUGAAGGGACGAUUCAAUUGUUCGAAAGAUGGAGAAACAGGAAUUCCAUGUGCUCUUGAUGCUAUUUUUGAACAAUACAAGAACACCAUGAAAGAGAACCAAGAUGUUUCUGCUCCUAAUGAUUUCCGUGAGGUUUCCGUCACCGAUAAUGUCAGAAAAUCAAGAAAAAGAGGCUUUAUUGAAGGUAGCAGUGGAAACCAAUCAGCUCGAAAGGUUUUGGCCGUUCUUGGAGAAGGUUCAGCAGAAAAGCCUAGAAAAAAAGUGAGAAUGCUUGAUAACAUUGAGAGACCUAGCACUCUCUUCAAUCAUUAUGCAAAUGGAGGUGGCUGGUGGGAUUGCAACAUGGAAGGUGUUGAUAAUGAAGAAGUGGGGUGUAGUGAAGUAUGGGAAGGAAUGGGUUCUACAACUCUAGGGGGAUUGGAAUGGCACUGAUAUAAGAGUAUGAGGAGAGAAAAGACUCUAUUUUUGUGAUACAACGACAACAACAUACCCACUAUAAUCCCAGAGGUGGGGUUUGGGAAGGGUACAAUGUACGCUGACCUUACUCCUACCUCGUGGAGGUAGAUAGAUUGUUGUUGUUGAGCUUACCUUAUAUUAUAUAUAAUAUGCAUGACACAAGUAGCUAUUAUGAAACAAUUAUGACAAGUCAAUUUACGUGAAGUGUUUCCUUUCUAGGCUCA